CGACAUCAUCAUCGUCAUCAGUUAGUUCACCUGACAUGAUAUUCUCAUUUCCCUGGAGUUGAGCCUCCAUCUGCACUGAGGGCUGAAGCACUGCACACAGGCCAGAGGUUACACUGAGGUCAGAAGACAAUCCGACUCCCAUCUACCCACCAGAGGCUGGCCCAGUCGUCAGUGACGAUCCAGACGUCAGCUCGACCAUCUCUGAAUCACCAGCAAUCGACUCUGAUUCUGUCACUGCCACCGCCUGCACACCUCAGAUCGAUUCAACCACAAAUAGUGAUACUUCCAACAUGGCUGACGCGGCGACCGACGACAGCAAGUUCCUCUUCUCUGAUAAUGACUUUCGAAACAGCGGGAUUGCACAAGCCGAUUGGGCGGCCAAGAAGAUGGUGUGGAUACCAUCAGAGAGGGAGGGGUUUGAGGCAGCCAGCUUAAAGGAGGAGAAGGGUGAUGAGGUGGUGGUGCAGCUUUCCAACGGUCAGAAGGUGACAGUGAACAAAGACGACAUCCAGAAGAUGAACCCACCCAAGUUCAGCAAGGUGGAGGACAUGGCCGCCCUCACCUUCCUCAAUGAAGCCUCCGUCCUCCAAAACCUGCGGGAGAGAUACUUCUCCAGUCUGAUCUAUACAUACUCAGGUCUGUUCUGUGUGGUGGUGAACCCCUACAAGAUGCUGCCCAUCUAUUCUGAGAAGAUCAUUGAGAUGUAUAAGGGCAAGAAACGUCAUGAGGUGCCACCUCACAUCUACUCCAUCACAGACAACGCCUACAGGAACAUGUUGCAAGACCGUGAGGAUCAGUCUAUUCUCUGCACAGGUGAGUCUGGAGCAGGGAAGACAGAAAACACCAAGAAGGUGAUUCAGUACCUGGCUGUCGUCGCCUCCUCGCACAAGGGCAAGAAGGAUGUGAAUCCUGAUUCAGUUGCUGCAGCUGUGGUGAAGCAACAGCAGCCAGGAUCUCUCGCCUACGGAGAGCUAGAGAAGCAGCUGCUGCAGGCUAAUCCCAUCCUGGAGGCUUUUGGAAACGCCAAAACCAUCAAGAAUGACAACUCUUCACGAUUUGGCAAGUUCAUCAAGCUCAACUUUGAUGUGACCGGUUUUUUAGUUGGGGCCAAUAUCGACACCUAUCUGCUGGAGAAGUCUAGAUGUAUUCGCCAGGCCAACACUGAGAGAGCCUUUCACAUAUUCUACUACAUGGUGGCAGGAGCCAAAGACAAGAUGAAGGAGGAGCUUCUGCUGGAGGACUUUGGCUCCUAUCGUUUCCUGAUGGCCGGUCACGUGGAGAUUCCCGGUCAGGAGGAUGAUGAGAUGUUUGAUGAGACUCUGGAGGCCAUGGAGAUCAUGGGCUUCACUGAGGAGGAAAGAUUAGGGAUGUUGAAGGUGGUGUCCACUGUGCUCCAGCUGGGCAACAUCAAGUUUGAGAAGGAGAGGAACAGCGAACAGGCGACCAUGCCUGACAACACCGCUGCCCAGAAGGUGUGUCACCUGCAGGGCAUCAAUGUCACCGACUUCACCCGUGCCAUCCUCACCCCCCGGAUCAAAGUAGGCAGGGAGGUGGUGCAGAAGGCACAGACCAAGCAGCAGGCUGAUUUUGCUGUGGAGGCUCUAGCUAAGGCCAUGUAUGAACGCCUGUUUCGAUGGAUCCUGGCCAGAGUCAACAAGACGCUAGACAAGAGUAAGAGGCAGUCAUCUUCCUUCCUGGGCAUCCUGGACAUUGCAGGCUUUGAGAUUUUUGAGGACAACUCCUUCGAGCAGCUCUGCAUUAACUACACCAACGAGCGUCUGCAGCAGCUCUUCAACCACACCAUGUUCAUCCUGGAGCAAGAGGAGUACAAGAGGGAGGGCAUCGAGUGGAACUUCAUUGACUUCGGCCUCGACCUGCAACCCUGCAUCGAGCUCAUCGAGAGGCCGAACAACCCUCCAGGCAUCCUGGCCCUGCUGGACGAGGAGUGUUGGUUCCCCAAAGCAACUGAUGUCUCCUUCGUGGAGAAGCUGCUGAACACCCACACUGGUCACGUGAAAUUCUCCAAACCCAAACAACACAAAGAUAAACUGAUGUUCACUGUUCUGCACUAUGCCGGCAAGGUUGACUAUAAUGCAGCUAACUGGCUGACCAAGAACAUGGAUCCUCUGAAUGACAACGUGACGGCUCUGCUCAACAACUCCUCCAGCACCUUCAUCCAGGACCUAUGGAAAGACGUUGAUCGAGUGGUGGGUCUGGAGACCAUGACCAAGAUGUCAGAGAGUUCAGUGCCCUCCUCCACUAAAUCCAAGAAGGGCAUGUUUCGCACGGUGGGUCAGCUGUACAAGGAGUCGCUGGGCAAGCUGAUGACCACGCUGCACAACACGCAGCCCAACUUUGUGCGCUGCAUCAUCCCCAACCACGAGAAGAGGGCUGGGAAGAUGGACUCCAACCUGGUGCUGGAGCAGCUCAGGUGUAAUGGUGUGCUGGAGGGCAUCCGAAUCUGCAGGCAGGGAUUCCCCAACCGAAUUGUGUUCCAGGAGUUCAGACAGAGAUAUGAGAUUCUGGCUGCCAACGCCAUCCCUAAGGGCUUCAUGGAUGGGAAGCAGGCGUGUUGUCUGAUGGUAAAGCACCUGGAUCUGGAUACUAACCUGUAUCGUAUCGGUCAGAGUAAGAUGUUCUUCAGGACAGGAGUUCUGGCCCAGCUGGAGGAGGAGAGAGACCUCAAACUGACCGUCAUCAUCAUCGCCUUCCAGGCACAAGCAAGAGGCUUCCUGGCCCGCAAAGCUUUCAGUAAACGUCAGCAGCAGCUGACCGCCAUGAAGGUGAUCCAGAGGAACUGCGCCUGUUACCUCAAACUCAAGAACUGGCAGUGGUGGAGGCUCUUCACCAAGGUGAAGCCCCUGCUGCAGGUCACCAGACAAGAAGAAGAAAUGGGUCAGAAAGAGGAGGAACUUAAAGCAGCAAAGGAGGUGGCGGUCAAGACCGAGGCCGAGCUGAAGGAGAUCACCCAGAAACACUGCCAGCUGAUGGAGGAGCGAGCUCAGUUGGAGACUAAGCUUCAAGCAGAGACGGAGCUGUACGCGGAGGCGGAGGAGAUGAGGGUGCGACUGGAGGCUAAGAAGCAGGAGCUAGAGGAGGUGCUGCACGAGAUGGAGGCUCGGCUGGAGGAGGAGGAGGAACGCAGCCACGCUCUGCAGCAGGAGAGGAAGGACAUGGAGCAACAGCUACAGCUGAUGGAGGCCCAAAUAGCAGAGGAAGAGAACGCUAAGCAGAAGCUGCAGCUGGAGAAAGUUGCUGUGGAGGGAAGAGUCAAGAAACUUGAGGAGGACGUUCUGAUCAUGGAGGAUCAGAAUAACAAACUACAGAAGGAGCGUAAGCUUCUGGAGGAGAGGAUGGCUGACAUGAGCUGUAACCUGGCAGAAGAGGAGGAGAAGUCCAAGAAUCUGACCAAACUCAAGGCCAAACAUGAGUCCAUGAUCUCAGACCUCGAGGUGCGUAUGAAAAAGGAGGAGAAGGGUCGUCAGGACAUGGAGAAGGCUAAGAGGAAGGUGGAGGCAGAGCUAGCUGAUCUCCAGGAGCAGCACGCUGACCUGCAGGCCCAACUAGCUGAACUCCGAGCCCAGCUGGCUGCCAAGGAAGAGGAGCUCCAGGCCACGCAGGCCCGCUUGGAGGACGAGUCCAAUCAGCGUGGGGUGGCAAUGAAGCGGGUUCGGGAGUUGGAGGUUUUGCUCUCAGAGUUGCAAGAGGACUUGGAGGCCGAGAGGACAGCCAGGGGGAAGGUGGAGGCAGCUCGGCGGGAUCUUGGAGAAGAGCUGAACGCUCUUCGCACCGAGCUGGAGGACAGCCUGGAUACCACUGCUGCUCAGCAAGAACUACGGGCGAAGCGUGAGCAGGAGGUGGCCAUGCUAAAGAAAGCCAUUGAUGAUGAAGGACGGAGCCAUGAAGCCCAAAUCCAAGACCUGAGACAAAAACACAGCCAGGCUGUGGAGGAGUUCAGUGAGCAGCUGGAGCAGGCCAAGAGGGUGAGAGCUAGCCUGGAGAAAGCCAAGCAGGCUUUGGAGAAGGAGACGGCAGAUCUGAGUGCUGACCUUAGAUCCCUUGCCAGUGCCAAACAGGAUGUGGAGCACAAGAAGAAGAAGGUAGAGGGCCAGCUGAACGACCUGCACUCACGCUUCAACGAGAGUGAGCGACAGAAGACUGAGUUGGGGGAGCGAGUCUCCAAGAUGACUAUGGAGCUGGACAGUGUGACCAGUCUGUUGAACGAAGCGGAGGGAAAGAACAUCAAGCUGAGCAAAGAUGUCUCCACUCUGUCCUCCCAGCUCCAGGAUGCACAGGAGCUGCUGUCAGAAGAGACCCGUCAGAAGCUGAAUCUGUCCGGACGUCUGCGUCAGAUGGAGGACGACAGAAACAGCCUGAUGGAGCAGCUGGAGGAGGAGACAGAGAUCAAGCGCUCGGUGGAGAGGCAGGUCUCCAGCCUCAACAUGCAGCUGUCCGACUAUAAGAAGAAGCUGGACGAGACUUUGGGGACGGUGGAGCUGCUAGAGGAAGGGAAGAAGCGUCUGCAGCGUGAACUGGAGGCAGCCAACAGCGAGUACGAGGAGAAGGCGUCGGCCUACGACAAGCUGGACAAGAGCCGGAGCCGGAUGCAGCAGGAGCUGGAGGACGUCCUCAUGGACUUGGACAGCCAGCGGCAGCUCGUCUCCAACCUGGAGAAGAAGCAGAAGAAAUUUGACCAGAUGCUGGCAGAGGAGCGCGCUGUGUCCUCUAAGUAUGCAGAGGAGCGGGAUCGAGCAGAGGCAGAGGCGAGGGAGAAGGAGACGCGGGUGUUAGCUCUGGCCAGAGCGCUGGAGGAGAACCAGGAUGCUUUGGAGGAGGCAGAGAAGACCAUGAAGGUCCUCCGAGCUGAAAUGGAGGACCUCAUCAGCUCCAAGGAUGACGUGGGAAAGAGUGUCCAUGACUUGGAGAAGGCCAAGCGUGGCCUGGAGGCCAUCGUGGAGGAGAUGAGAACGCAGAUGGAGGAGCUAGAGGACGAGCUGCAGGUCGCUGAGGAUGCCAAGCUGCGUCUGGAGGUUAACAGUCAGGCCCUGAGAGCUCAGCAUGAGAGGGAGUUGCACGCCCACAGUGAGAUGGGCGAGGAGAAGAGGAAGCAGCUCCUCAAACAGGUGCGUGAGCUGGAGUCGGAGCUGGAGGAGGAGAGGAAGCAGCGAGGUCAACUGUCCGGCAGCAAGAAGAAGCUAGAGGGGGAGCUGAAGGACUUGGAGGACCAGCUGGAGGCUGCCAGCAGGGGGCGUGACGAAGCAGUCAAGCAGCUCCGCAAGAUCCAGGGCCAGGUGAAGGAUCUCCAGAGGGACCUGGAGGACUCACGUACAGCCCAGAAGGAGGUCCUCAGCUCUGCAAGAGAGGCUGAGCGCAAAUCCAAGGCCAUGGAGGCCGACAUCGUCCAGCUGCACGAGAUGUUGGCAGCAGCUGAGAGAGCUCGUAAGCAGGCAGAGACAGAAAGAGACGAGCUAGCUGAGGAGCUGGCCAGUAACUCUUCUGGAAAAUCACUGCUGUCUGAUGAAAAGCGUCGCUUGGACACUAAGAUCAGUCAGCUGGAGGAGGAGCUGGAUGAAGAGCAGGCCACCGUGGAGAGCCUCAAUGACCGGCUGAGGAAGAGCCAGCAGCUGGUGGAUCAGCUAGGUGCGGAGCUGGCAGCAGAGAGAUCCUCCUCUCAGACCAGGGAAGGAUCCAGGCAGCAGCUGGAGAGACAAAACAAAGACCUGAAGGCCAAACUGCAAGAGAUGGAGGGCCAGGGCCGCUCCAAACUCAAAUCCUCCAUCGCCGCCCUGGAGUCCAAACUGAGGGAGGUGGAGGAGCAGCUGGAGAUUGAGAGCAGAGAGCGUCAGGCCAAUGCCAAGAAUCUGCGUCAGAAAGAGAAGAAACUGAAGGAUUUAACCAUCCAGAUGGAGGAUGAGAGGAAGCAGGCUCAGCAGUACAAAGACCAGGCAGAGAAGAGCAACAUGCGGGUAAAGCAGCUGAAGCACCAGCUGGAGGAGGCGGAGGAGGAGGCUCAGCGCGUGACAGCAGCUCGCAGGAAACUGCAGAGGGAGCUGGAGGAGGCGAGCGAGGCCAAUGAUGCUCUCAGCAGAGAUGUGGCUUCACUCAGGAGCAAACUGAGGCGUGGCGGUGGCAGUGGGGAGGCGGUGUUCAGCAGCCCUAGCCCUCGGAGCAGCAGCGGUGGUGGUGGCAGCCUGAGCAGCAGCAGCAUGAGGAGCUUGGGGCUGGGAGGGAGUAUCAGCCGGAGGAGCACCACCAUCAAGGAGAACUCAGUGGAGCUGCAGGAGGAAGAGCCUCCGUCCCGGUCUCCGUCUCCUCCCAUGGAGCCCCAUGGGGAGGUCUACACCUACUCCCCUGAUGAGUAGAGGGGUGUCACUCAAGUAAAGCUGGCAGAACCUGCCCCAGAAAUAGUUUCACACUUUUAUAUUAAUUAUUUGAACGUUUAGUUUAAAGGGUAAGUUCAGUAUUUUUCACCAUGCACCCUAUUUCCUGAAUUUUUGUGUCAAAGCAAUUUUUGAAAUUGUUCCAGUAUUAAGUGAGAGUGCUGAAGCCAGCAACAGGCUGUAAUGUAAACAACAAUGUUUGCAUUGUCAAUUGACAUCAUUAAAAGUGCUUGUUUUUGCCACUGACAGGUUCAGAUUAUUAUUCGAAGUCUCUGACAAUGAGAUAGACCUUUUUGUUAAAGAGAACGAUACUUUUUGUUUAACCAUAAAAAAACAGAAAAUCUCUAUCGGCAAACCCACCAGACUCUAUUUAAAUAAAUAAUUGUUUUGUUAUCGUGAAAGUCGCCAGAAACAAAGUAAAACUCACAAAUAAAUGCCUUGGUUCGAUAGAUGUGAAAAUAUUCUCGCUCUUUCCUCACUAAAAUUACUGUUUACUUAAAUAGAGUCUGGUGGGUUUGGUGAUGGUGAUUCUGCGGCUUUUUCUGAUUAAACAAAAAGGUCUGUCUCUGAGGAGAUCCUUUACAAAAUGUUGAUAGAUGGUUAAAAAAUAAUCUGAACCUGUCAGUGACAAAAACAAGUGGUUUUAGUGGGCAUACAUUGAUGGUUCAAACAUGCUCUGUGUGUUUAACUGAUGCCGUCUCUCUCUCUCUAUAUACUGGGCCAAUUUCAAAAACUGUUGUUCCCAUUAGUCACUUGGACACAAAAACAUGGGAAAAUUGUGUCCAAGUUGCAAAACACCAAGCUUACCCUUUAACAAUAAAGUCAAGGAGUUGCAUAGAUAUUUUAACAACUUUAUAUUUAAAAUGAGAUUUGUCUCGGUCUCUGAGAAAGUACACAAAAAAUUAACACUAUCCCUGCCACAGUAUCUUACUUAUUUAUAUUUGUUCAUUAAAUUAUUUUACAUUUACACUUAAUUAUAGACUAUUAAUUAAUCCUUUCAGUCAUUUUUCCAAGCAAAUAUGUAAAACAGUUGAUGGCUCAAGCUUCUCAGAUAUGAAGAUUUGGUACUUUUUUUUUU